AAAACCUGAGUCUUACCAACACAGCAAAUACAUUAAAUUAAAUACAGUGGCAUGUUUUGUUUACCAGAGAUCAUUACUGUAAAUGUCAGCAAAAAUUGUAGGCACAUAUCUCAAAAGAUAUUAUUUGUGUGAUAUUUCAUUAUCUUAUCGACCAAAUAUCAAUGUUGGCAGCAACCCCAAACAUCCAGUAAGCCUAUCACUCAGGCUAUAGAGGUAGUAAAAACACCUCACUCUGGAUGAACUUUGCCCUCUGCUGUUCUGUAUCUGAGUUAUCACCAGGUUAGUCGCAAAGUCCAGCUGCUGGGUCAAAUACAAGCAGCACUGACAUUAUACUACAAUUUUCUACACCGAAACACGAUAUAUAGAAAAGUAAGUCUGAAAAGAGACAUCAAGACAAGCAUGGAUACCACCUCUUCAUUUCUCAAAUCUGUAACAAAGCGAGUGUGGUCUCCACCGCAGCGUCCUUUCAGAGUUUGUACACACAACAGGGAGACCAGGAAGGGCAUCACAGCAGGGACCCUUGAGGAGCUGAAAGAGAGGGUGUGCCAGGCACUGCUGCUGUCCCUGUCUGCAGUGUCCCUGUCUCUGGUUUGUGAGGAUGACGGCACAGAGGUAGACUCCGAUGAGUUCCUCAUUACGCUGCCCGACAACACUAUGCUCAUGGCGCUGGAGCCUGGGCAGACAUGGAGACAACCGUCUGGUGCAGUCGUGGCCAAAUCUCAAGACCUCAACAAGCCGCGGACCGGGAGAGACAUAGCUCGAGUCACCUUUGACCUUUACAGGAUCAGCCCCAAGGACCUCUUUGGUUCCCUGAGUGUGAAGGCAACGUUUCAAGGCCUGUACUCUGUGAGCGCUGACUUUCAGUGUCUGGGGCCCAAGAAGAUCCUCAGAGAAACCCUACGUGUGGCCUCCGCCCUCCUACAAGCUGCCGGACACCUGCUUAUCACUUCUGCCUCCAUGAUCCGCCGGAUUAUCGAAGGGGCAGAGUUUUGGCAGCCUCAGAGGGCUGAGUACACUGCCAGCUGGAACUGAUGGAGCAACAAGAUAUCGAUGUAACUGUAACACGAUGAUAUUUAAACAAAUAUUAGCGUGACAUUGCAACUUAUUGGGAAUGCAAAAGAUUCUGUAUUUUCUGUAGGUUGCCUCCUUUAAAUUAAGGAGAAAUAAACCUCUGUUGUUGCAUGAGCA